AUGUCUGCCAAGUCCAUCCUCGAGGCCGACGGCAAGGCCAUCCUCAACUACCACCUCACUCGCGCACCAGUCAUCAAGCCCACUCCUCUGCCUGCCUCGGCAACACACAAUCCUCCCAGCAAGCUCGCGUCGCUGUACUUCGCAGCCGAUGCGGAUGUGCAGGGUGUGCUCGAUCAGGCCGAGGCCACGUACCCAUGGCUAUUGACGCCUGGCUCCAAGUUCGUCGCAAAGCCAGAUCAACUGAUCAAGAGGCGAGGCAAGAGCGGCCUCCUGGCCCUCAACAAGACGUGGGCCGAGGCCAAGGCGUGGAUUGCAGAGAGGGCAGGAAAGCCGCAGCGUGUCGAGACGGUCGAUGGUGUACUGAGGCAAUUCCUGGUCGAGCCCUUUGUUCCCCAUCCCCAGGAUACCGAGUACUACAUCAACAUCAACUCGGUGCGAGAGGGCGAUUGGAUCCUCUUCACCCACGAGGGUGGUGUCGAUGUUGGCGAUGUGGACGAGAAGGCUGAGAAGCUCCUUAUCCCGGUCGACCUCAAGGACUAUCCCUCGAACGAGGAGAUCGCUUCCACCCUCUUGAAGAAGGUGCCCAGCGGUGUACACAAUGUUCUUGUCGACUUCAUCUCCCGGUUGUACGCUGUCUAUGUCGACUGCCAAUUCACCUACCUCGAGAUCAACCCUCUUGUCGUCAUCCCCAAUGCUGAGGGCACUUCUGCUGAAGUUCACUUCCUCGAUCUUGCUGCCAAGAUUGACCAAACUGCCGAGUUUGAGUGUGGUGCCAAGUGGGCUAUUGCUCGCAGUGUAACGGCUCUCGGAAUACCAGCUGCUCCCCAAAAAGAGGCCAAGACUACUGUCGAUGUUGGCCCACCACUAGAGUUCCCUGCUCCGUUUGGUCGCGAGAUGAGCAAGGAAGAGGCGUACAUCGCUGAGAUGGAUGCGAAGACUGGUGCUUCUCUGAAGCUGACUAUCCUCAACUCUGUCGGCCGUGUCUGGACCCUUGUCGCUGGUGGUGGUGCCUCCGUUGUCUAUGCUGAUGCCAUCGCGUCUGCUGGAUUUGCCAGCGAGCUGGCCAAUUAUGGCGAAUACUCUGGUGCACCCACCGAGACUCAGACCUUUCACUACGCCCGCACCGUCCUCGACCUUAUGCUCCGUGCUCCUCAGCACCCAGAGGGCAAGGUUCUGUUCAUUGGUGGUGGUAUCGCCAACUUCACCAAUGUUGCCUCCACAUUCAAGGGCGUCAUCCGUGCCCUGAGGGAAGUCGCGCCCCAACUGAUCGAACAUAAGGUCCAAAUCUGGAUCCGUCGUGCUGGUCCCAAUUACCAAGAGGGUCUCAAGAACAUCAAGGGUGUUGGCCAGGAGCUUGGGCUUGACAUGCACGUAUAUGGACCCGAGAUGCACGUCUCAGGUAUCGUCCCCUUGGCUCUCAUCCCAGGCAAGACCACCGACAUCAAGGAAUUCUCUGGUUAA